UUGUGAGAAAGAAAACAAAUCAAUGUGAUGUGGGCAAAUAGGUUAUGUGUUGAAAAACUUAUGUUUUAAAUCAAAAUAUUGUUUAGAAUAUUAUCAAAUUACUCAAGGUGCAGCUGCCUAAACUGAACAAAAAUGGAUUUAUUUAUAAUCAAUAGGUAUAAAGAAACCGACGAAAAUAAUGAUGUCUCAGAAUCCUUGCAUCUACAAAGGCUCAAGGAACAAAUUGAAGAAAGAAAAAAAGUCUCUGCUAAAAAAGUUUCACUCGACGUAUCAUCAUCGACAUUGAACGAAGAAGUAUUAAAUGAAUCAAAAGAAAAUUUGGACCUCCCAGAAACUAACACGAAUAGCAUAGAAAUUAAGUCUCAACCAGAUAUUGAAAAAACUUUGAAAACUGAAAUUAAAAAAGAUGAAACAAAUAAACGUAUGAGCGAUUUCCAAGUAUUGGGUAGUAGUGAUUUUGAAAAAAAACCUCAGGUUGAACGAGUCUUACCAUACUGGUUAUCCCAUGCAUAUGGUGUAUCCAAAAACUUGCAAAAGCUAACUUGCAAAGUGGAAGAACAAGCUUGGUUACACAAUAUAUUAAAGGAGAAUUUGGCUAGAGAAGGUGUCACACAUUUAUUUCCAGUCCAAGAGCAAGUUAUACCAUUUAUACUGCAGGAACAUAAGCUACCUGCUCCACUGUGGCCUCAUGAUGUGUGCGUCUCCGCCCCAACAGGCAGUGGCAAAACGUUAUCUUUUGUUCUGCCAAUAAUACAGACACUUAUGCCUGAAUUAGGACAUCACAUAAGAGCUCUUAUUGUGUUACCUGUUCAAGAACUGGCUGCUCAAGUUGCUGCAGUGUUUAGAAAAUAUUGUACGAACACUGGACUUAAAGUAGCCUUGUUAAGUGGAUCCAUACCAUGGCAGAAAGAACAACAACAAAUACUUAGAUAUACUGAUACACAUGGAUGGAUAAGUGAAGUAGAUAUUAUUGUAUGUACGGCAGGUAGAUUAGUAGAGCACCUACAAAAUACAGAAGGAUUCUCAUUAAAAUACUUAAAAUUUCUUGUAAUAGAUGAAGCUGACAGAAUUAUGGACAAUAUCCAAAAUGAUUGGUUGUAUCACUUGUAUAAACACAUAAAACUGGAAGGGCAUGCAACAAAUAAAAUUGCACAUCUAAACUGGGAUUUCAUCUGUGAUACAAAAGCACCACCACACAAGCUUUUAUUUUCAGCAACAUUAUCUCCUGAUCCAGAAUUGUUAGAGCAGUGGGGCCUAUUUCAGCCUAAACUAUUUUCAGUUGCUCCUAUAUCAGACUCGUUAAAUAAACUUCAAAUCAAAAAGUAUACAACACCAGAUGAAUUACAGGAACAGUUUGUAUUGUGUUCCACUGAAGAAAAACCUCUUGUACUAUAUCAUUUUCUAGUUGAACAAAAAUGGGAUAAAGUUCUGUGCUUCACAAAUUCAGGUCAAUCAGCUCAUAGAUUGACAGUGCUUUUAAAUAAUUGGGCACAGAAUCAAAUAAAAAUAGCAGAAUUAUCUGCAUCAUUAGAUAGGUCAUCAAGGGAUAAUGUUUUGAAGAAAUUUAAGAAAUGUGAAAUUAAUGUUAUUAUAAGCACUGACGCUUUAGCAAGAGGAAUUGAUAUACCAGAUUGUAAUUAUGUAAUAUCAUAUGAUCCUCCUAAGAAUAUAAAGACCUAUGUACAUAGAAUAGGACGAACUGGCAGAGCUGGUAACCUAGGGAAUGCAGUUACUAUCUUAGUUCAAAACCAAAUGCAGAUGUUUAAGGAAAUACUACAAUCCGGCGGCAAGGCGGAAAUCCCACAAAUAGAAGUUACAUCAGACAAGUUAACACCUCUAAUUGGUAGUUAUCAGUUAGCUAUUUCAUCAACGAAACAGUCAAUAUACGUUGAAAAUAAUACAAAGGUUAAAAAAUCCAUUGAAUUAAAGAGAGGAGCUAAAACAAAAUCGCGAAAACGAAAACAUAGCGAAAGCAAGAAUACUAAUUAACUGUCAAUAUAUCUUAAUUAUGUUAUGAAAA